AUGGCCGAGCCAUAUGUCAGUGCAGCCUGGAAUUCAUAUAACAAAUUUAAGGAUUUUGAUAAAAAUAUGAAAGCUCUGAAAAGACAAGUAACUCAACUAUCUAGUCAAGCAGAAGACAUAGAAACAACGUUGAUGAACUUGGAACAAGGAGGGAAAAAGAAGAGAAAAUUGGAAGUCAAGGGUUGGCUUGAACAAAAUAACAAAUGGGGGAUUAGUGGAGAAAGUAAAGAACUCAAAGAUGAUCUCAGAAAUAUUGGUGAACUUACAAUAGUUGAUGUGGAUGAAAGCACAAUACCUUCACUAGUCGUCUCUCAGUUAUUUGGAAAGACAUCUAAUGAUAAUUUAGAGAAAUUAUAUGGAUGGUUAGAGGAUGAUAAAGUGUCGAGCAUUGGUGUGUACGGGAUGGGAGGUGUUGUGAAGACGGCAUUGGUGAAACAUAUACAUAACCGAAUUCUCCAAAAAAUGUCUGGUGUUAAAGUUUACUGGGUUACAGUUUCUCAAGAUUUUAGCAUAAAAAAGUUGCAGGAUGACAUUGCCAAAAUUGCAAGUCUUCAAUUUCUUGACGAGAAUGAAGAGCACAGAGCUGCCAUUUUACACCAACACUUAGUGGGGAAGAGAACUGUGCUCAUAUUGGAUGAUGUGUGGAAGUGCAUUCGGUUGGAGAAAUUGGGUAACCCUCAUAGGAUUGAAGGGUGCAAGUUCAUUAUAACUUCUCGCUCACUACAAGUGUGUCACCAGAUUGAGUGCCAAGAAUUGUUCAAAGUCAAUACUUUUAAUGAAAAUGAAGCUUGGGAUUUGUUCAAGGAGAAUUUAUUACUUCAUGGUCAUACUGUGCUCACCAAUGCCAUUGAAAAACAUGCAAAAGAAUUGGCCAAAAAGUGUGGCGGCUUACCAUUGGCACUCAACACUGUAGCCGCAAGCAUGCGAGGGGUGAAUGAUGAUCACAUCUGGAGGAAUGCCAUUAAUAAUUUCCAAAAUGACUCUCUUCAAUUGGAAGACUUGGAAAAUAAUGUGUUUGAAAUACUCAAAUUUAGCUACGACAGAUUGAAUAAUCAAAGGUCAAAAAUAAGUAAUGUAUAAUUUUAUUUUCAUAUACUUGUGUAUCAAUCAUUGACACAUUCGAUGACGAGAUGAUGGACUCAGCCAUUUAAGUCGCUGCCUAACGCAUCUUCUCACUUUAUUUUUCUUA